AUGCUAGCAUGGACUACUUGGUUUGGUUUGAAGUGGCCGUAUAAUAAUGGAAUCUUCCAUUGUGGUUCAUUUACAUGUGAGGUAACUUUAGAUAAAAAUCGCCUAAAAUCCAGCGAUGCAUUACUAUUUCACGGUGCUGAAGCCAGUAUGAAAAAUAAAAACAUGUUUCCUAAGCGAGAUGCAGUAUCACCAAGACAACUAUGGGUUUACCAUUCAUACGAAAAUCCUGUAGUCACUCAUGGUGUUAAUAUCCAAUCUGGUAUCUACCCCUUUCACAACAAUAUCUUCAAUAUUAUAAUGACAUAUACAAAAGAUUCCGACAUUCCAACAUGCUAUGGUGGCUACGGUAAAAGUCAAAACCGUAAUCCAUUUAUAAAAACACAUAAUUAUGCCAAGGGUAAGAAUAAAUUGAUCGCCUGGGUAUCAAGUGGUUGCUAUACUGGUCGUCUAACAUUUGUCCAACAGUUAGCUCAGUAUUUACCGAUCGAUAUUUAUGGUAAAUGCGGAAAUUUAUCCUGUCCUAGAAAUGACAGUUGUUGGGAAAAAUUAAGUAGCCAAUAUAAAUUUUACUUAAGUUUUGAAAAUUUUGUUUGUCGAGAUUAUAUCACCGAAAAAUAUUAUAAGAAUUCCUUAGGUAGAAGAUUAGUACCCAUUGUAGUGAGUGGAGCCAAUUUACAAGAUGAAACUGUUGCUCCGCCGAAUUCCUAUAUUAACGUUUUCGACUUUAAAACUGUAGAAGAUUUGGCAGAUUAUAUCCAAUUGGUUGGGUCGAACGAUACAUUAUAUAAUAGUUAUUUCCACUGGAAAGCUAGCUAUAAGGACCAAGGAAGAUCGUGUGAUAUGGGUAGUGGUAUGUGUACUCUGUGCGCUAAUCUUCAUAAUGAUACAUGGGUUACUCAAAAAUCAAGAACCAUUCCAGAUUUCAUGCAUAGAUGGGGUCUAAAUAAGGAUAACUGUAUCGAUUACGGCGAUGUCUUUAUCAAGAAUGUGACUACAGGUCAAGUUAACAUAAUGCCACAUCCGUAUUAUUGA